GUUAGGCAAACAAGUAGAGCGUUCGAAGCAAUUCAUAUACUUGCACAUUCUAUGUGUUCAUAUUGGAAGAUAUUUCUUUAUAAAAGAAGAAAGUUUUACUAAAAACUACAUGAGGCUAUAGUCAAACUAAAGCUGCUUUUUGGACUUUGAUUCUAUUUCGCAGUGAUAUAAAACCUAUGGUUGGCAAACGGGAAAACGUCCAUCAAUAAUCCAGACUACAGCAUGUUAUGAGUCACUAACAAGCAGAGUGCAAUGCAGUAUAGUCUAACUCCAUAUAGCUAGGUUGCUAACACAUUUACGAAUCAACGGCGUUGCGGUAAGGUCGAUUGCAAAGUGUCAUAUAGCUUAUUCAGCAAAUAUUUCAGUAUAUGUAUAGUGUAGCUGUUGCUAAAAUUAUGGUUCCUCAAUAUAGGCAUAGACAGAACAUGAAGUUCGGUUUUGUAAUUCUAUACUGCGUUGUGCAACUAGCUGUUGUUGUUGUGGCAGAUGACCCACCAGGUCACAUGCAACCCAUUGGUUCACACAUGCCACCCAUGCCUAUAGAGGAAAGAGACGAUCUCCCAAACCCAAUCGAGUUUUACGAUAAUUACGUCAAACCUGGGGUACCAGUUGUGUUUAAAGGAAUAGCAAAGAAGUUUCCUAACUUUAACGAUAUGAAGAGUGAUGAAUAUUUAAGAGAGAAACAUGGUGACUUUGAAGUGUUAGUCGAAACAGCUAAGAAAGAAGAUAGAAACAAUCCUCCACGUACGAUGAAUUUAUCAAACUAUCUUUCCAUCUAUGAGAAAGAAGAUGUUUAUGUUGUGCAGACAAUGUUUCCACCAGAAGCCUUUACAAAGGAAGCAUUCGUACCGAAAUGUCUUCUGUGCCAGGGAUUCUUGGAUCGACUGAAUAUGGUGAUCAUGUGGCUCUCAUCCGGCGGUACAAAAUCUGUCCUUCACAACGAUUCGUUCGAAAAUCUUAACUGUGUGCUUGAUGGGACAAAGGAAUUUGUCAUGAUUGACAGGAAACAUGCCGACCUCGUUCCCAUCGAUAAUCCCGAUAGGGGUUUUAGUUCAGUUGACGUUGAAAAAGUCGACAUGCACAAGUACCCAACGUUAGGCAAAUUACCUUGGUACAUCGCGAAUAUGGAGGCAGGAGAUUGCUUUUAUAUACCAAAGAAUUGGUUUCAUCACGUUAAUUCUUCUCAAACUCGAAACUUAGCGAUCAACAUUUGGUGGAGAAGUUCUAAAGAAUUUAAACAUAGAGAAGAGUGUGAGAAAAGUCUCGCAGAUAUUCCAGAAUAUGACACGUUAUGGAACUAUCGCUUAAACAAUGGCAUCAAAAUUGAAGAUUUGGUAUUUGCCGACGCCUUUUCGGAGAACGGCACAACCACGUUGAUAAAUCUUUUAAAAAUAACUUAUAAAACUCUUCCAAAAGAGAUGGAAGCAAAACAGAAAAGGGAGGCUUUAGAGAAACUACAAGAACUAUUUUACCAAGCAGACGCAAACAAAGACAAACUACUGAGCAAGGAUGAAAUAACCUCGACGGCCAGCAGCUUAGUUCAAGAUUUCUUGACUGAUGAAGCUGUUCUUGAAGAAGAAGUCGAUGAGUUGUACGACGAAGUAAAGGAGGAAUUAUAAAACGUUUCAAACAAAUGAAAUCAUAUAUACUCAUUGUCGAGGUUACGAGUUUCAUGACAUAGUUAAGAUUAUUGAACUGUUUUACACAUUCAUUUUUUGAGCUUAAGUUGUGUAUAAGGUUCUAUUACUUACAAAUAUGUUUGCGAGUGUGUCGAAUUCGUUGUUUUGUGCAAUAAAA